UUUGUCCUCCACCUACGAGAGUUACCGGUUCUUUGAUUUCGAACAUACACACCCCACCCCCUAACUGGUUACCGGACCCCCCCCCGACCGACCGCUACUGAAGUUGCCAUCAUGUCCUGGGCAGGGUUCAAGAAAAAUGUCAACCGCGCUACCACGCAGGUGAUGAUGAAGACGGGACAUGUGGAGCGCACAAGUGAUCGCGAUUAUGAGAUUGAAGAGCGUCGGUACCGGACGAUGGAAGCCGCCGCAAAUCGGUUACAGAAAGAGGCAAAGGGAUACUUGGAUUCGCUACGAGCUAUGACUGCCUCGCAGAUGCGGAUCGCUGAGACUAUUGAUGCCUUCUAUGGUGAUGCUGGAACCAACGACGGAGUGAGUCGGAGUUAUAAGCAGGCUGUGGAGGAUCUGGAUGCGGAAACGAUCAAGGCGCUGGACGGCCCGUACCGCUCGACUGUGUUGGAACCCAUCUCUCGGUUCUGUGCCUACUUCCCGGAUAUCAACGAGUGCAUCAAGAAGCGCAACCACAAGUUACUCGAUUACGAUUCGAUGCGCGCCAAGGUCAAGAAGCUGGUUGAGAAGCCCGAUAAGGAUGCGACGAAACUGCCCCGGACGGAGCGCGAGACGGAAAUCGCCAAGCAAGCGUAUGAGCAGUUGAACGAACAGCUCUUCACUGAACUGCCCCAGCUCAUCGACCUGCGAGUGCCGUACCUGGAUCCUAGCUUCGAGGCCCUGGUGAAGAUUCAACUGCGGUUCUGCGCGGAGGCAUACUCGCGCAUGGCGCAGGUGCAACAGUACUUGGAUGCGGAAACGAGGGAUCAGUAUGCUCGGGGAGACCUGGACAACCGGGUGGAAGAGGUGUUGCAGGAGAUUCGGGAUUUGAGCAUAGCAGGCACGGUCUGAUAGUUCGUGGUACUUUGGAGUGGGAGUUCAAUUCUUUGCUUGUCUGUUUUCUUCAAUUGCGUGUGAUGAUAGCCGCUGUAAUCAUUCUGCAUCCAAGCCUUGGCAUCAUUGUUAACACUAUUUCUUUUGAGAGUGUUCUUGAGUCGAAUCCAUAUGCACGUAGAUGAAAGAGUAGACUGCAGAGGGAAAAGCAAGUCUAAUAAUAU